AUGAAGAACUACCAGCACGUCCUGGCUUUUAUGUUUGCAGUGAAGGAGAUCAAUGAGAAUCCCAGGAUUUUACCCAAUGUUACAUUGGGAUUCCAUUUUUUUGACAGUUACUUCAAUGAAAAGAUGACUUACCAGACCACACUGAAUCUUCUUUUUAGCCUGAAAAGGGUUGUCCCCAACUACAAAUGUGAUGCACAGAAGCAUUUGGUAGCUGUCAUUGGGGGACUUAACUCUGAAACCGCCUUGUACAUGGCAAGCAUCUUAGGUAUCUAUAAAAUUCCGCAGGUCUCUUAUUAUUUAUUUGGCCCUAUGCUGAGUACUAAAACACAGUUUCCUUUCAUGUAUCGGGUGGUUCCCAAUGAAGAAUACCAGUACUUUGGGAUUGUCCAAAUACUUAAACAUUUCCAAUGGACUUGGAUUGGGAUCAUCACAUUAGAUGAUGAUAAAGGAGAGAAUUUUGUGCAGACCUUGAUGCCAAUCCUUUCCCAGAGUGGCAUCUGUCCAGCUUUCAUUGACCGAAUGCCUUCCCUGACAGAUUUCUCUGAAUUACAUGAAGCAUACUUAAAAACAGAGAAAGAGAUACACCUUUUCAGCAACAGCAUGGUCAAAGUCCUGGUUGUGUAUGCAGCAACUCACUGUAUACUGGGUUUGAAAUAUCUGCUAGUACAAACUGAGGAUAAGCCAGAGACUCUGAGCAGAGUGUGGAUCUUUACAGCCCAAUGGGACUUCCCAGCAUUACAGUUUCACAGGAACUGGGAUAUACAAGUCUUCCAAGGAGCCUUGUCCUUUGCAGUGCAGGACAACAAGGUGCAGGGUUUCCAAAAUUUCCUUCAGACCAUAAAUCCUCAAUCACUAAGUGGAGACACUUUUAUCUGGGACUUCUGGGAACAGGCCUUUGACUGCUUAUUUUCAGAUGCCCCUGCAGCUGGGAAAGGCAAUGGAACUUGCACUGGGAUGGAAACACUGCAGAGUCUUUCUGGGCCUUUUUUUGAAAUGACUAUGACACCUCAAAGCUACAGUGUAUACAAUGCUGUCUACAUCAUGGCACAUGCUUUACAAGCCAUGCACUCAGCGAAUACCAAGAACAGACUGGCAUCAGCACUUCCAAAUCCACAACCAUGGCAGCUUCAUCCAUUUUUGAGGAGAAUUUCAUUUAACAACAGUGCUGGCAAUCAGGUGUCAUUGAAUGAGAAAGGUGAAUUGGAAAGUGGAUUUGACAUAAUAAACUGGAUUACUUUCCCAAAUAAGACUUUCUCAAGGGUUAAAGUUGGAAAGAUGGAUCCAUUGACCUUACAAGGCAGGAAGUUCACUAUUAAUGAAGAGAUCAUCACAUGGCACAGAGUGUUUAACAAGAUGCCACCCUCCUCACUAUGUAAUAAUAAUUGCCAUCCGGGUUCUGUUAGAAAAAAGAAAGAUGGGAAACCAUUCUGCUGCUAUGAUUGUGACUCAUGUCCAGAGGGGAAGAUUUCUAAUGAAAAGGACAUGGAUAACUGUAUUGAGUGCCCAGAAGAUGAGUACCCAAACAGCAACCAAGAUGGAUGCCUUCCCAAGGUUUUAAAUUUCCUGCCUUAUGAUGGAAGCUUGAGCAUCGGUUUAGUUUGUAUGGCUUUUUCAUUUUCCAUGGUCACAGCUUUGGUGCUUGGGAUAUUCAUUAAGUACCAAAAUACUCCCAUUGUCAAAGCCAACAAUUGUGGCCUCACCUACACACUGCUCAUCUCCCUCCUGCUCGGCUUUCUCUGCUCCUUGCUAUUCAUUGGCCGCCCUCAGCCAGUCACCUGUCUCCUGCGGCAAAUGGCAUUUGCCAUCAUCUUCUCAGUGGCUAUUUCUUCUGUGUUGGCAAAAACCAUUACGGUGGUUCUGGCAUUCAUAGCCACCAAACCAGGAUCCAGGAUAAGGAAUUGGGUGGGGAGAAGACUGGCAGCUUUUAUAGUUCUGUCCUGCUCCCUUAUUCAAACAGCUGUUUGUACUGUGUGGCUCUGCACGGCUCCUCCAUUCCCAGACCUGGACAUGCAAUCCUUGGCUGAAGAAAUUGUGGUAGAAUGUAAUGAAGGUUCUGUCUCCAUGUUUUACUGUGUUCUGGGGUACAUGGGAUUUUUGGCUUUAGUCAGCUUUGUUGUGGCUUUCUUUGCUAGGAAGUUGCCCGACACCUUUAACGAAGCCAAGUUCAUCACUUUCAGCAUGUUGGUGUUUUGCAGUGUGUGGAUCUCUUUUGUUCCAACAUACCUGAGCACCAAGGGAAAAUACAUGGUGGUUGUGGAGGUCUUCUCCAUCUUAUCCUCUAAUGCUGGUUUAUUGGGCUGUAUCUUUUCCCCAAAAUGUUAUAUAAUUGUCCUGAAGCCUGAGCUGAACUACAAGGAGCACUUAAAGAGAAAUAAGAAGAAGCCAUAG